AUGACUUCCGUCCUAGUGGUCCAGCCUAGAGAUAUCAAGGCGUCCCUGUCUGUAACUCAACCAUUUUCUAUCAUGACCCAAACACGCCGGCCAACACCGCCACUACAGGCGAAGGCGGAGGAGGACCCUGAGUGCCUCCCCAAUCAAGCUGAGGAUUAUGAGAUCGAUGAUGUGGAUAGUGAUGGUGACGGUGACAUAAAGAAUGAGAAUUCAUCUAACUCUGAAGGUCCGGUAAAGAAGCGUAGGCGGAGUCGGAAAGGCCUAGAUAAAAAAUUCGAGUGCCCUACCGAAGGUUGCGGCAAAAGUUAUUCCAGAGCCGAACACCUCCACCGUCACCAGCUGAAUCACACUCCCAAACAGAUAUACAGAUGCAACUUUCCGGACUGUAACCGCGAGUUUGUCCGACUCGAUCUGUGCAACCGCCACAGGGAUCGUCAUACCGCAAAGGGAUCCGCGUUGAGCCGGAAAGACUCUUUAAUUAGUCAAAGCUCUCCGGUCGACAACGUAAGAUCUCCGUACCCUACCCCUGCUUCGACCACUAUGUCGCCCAAGCACACCAAGUUAGGCAAUGUUGCUUUGAGGACAGAACACGCAGCUCACUCUCAAUACCAGUCACCAAAGGACGGCGUUGGUAUUGGCACACCAUACACUCCCAUGGCCAGCACAUCUCCAGCCACGUUCCCUCAUCCUGGCCCUUCCAACCUUUCAGACGCAUACAUGCACUCCGACCAGGUAUCUACUUAUAACCCAAGACUUGCUCACCAAUCCCCAACUGGUCAGCAGCAGCGCCUUCAUUCUCAUUCAGGUGGUAGUGCCUAUGGUGUUUUGUCACCUGUGUCAACGCACUCUGGUAGCUACCACCUGCAACCCAUUCAUACGCCUCAGUCUGCCCCCACCAUGCCAUUUGUUGCGCCGAACAAUUUCCCUGCUUUCUCGCUACCUCCUUCAGACUUCAAUGCUGCUAAUGGCGUUGGAGCUGGAUCUACAUCCACGCCUCAGUACGCACCGGCAGCCUCGACCGAUUAUGGCGAACAUUCUCAUCCCCAAACGUCGACUGAUAUGAUGUUACUUGAUCAAAUGACGGCACAAGCUACAAUGCCCGUUUUUGGCCCAGACGGCAUGAUAAACAAAUCGCCGUAUGUAUCAAUUCCCGAAGACUUCGUGGCUUACCUGUUCAAUACGACAUCACCUAACAGAUCCCCGUCGACUGUGGGUCAUAUCGUCACUCGGAAUCCGUACUCAAGUUAUGGCGAUUACCAACAGCAAUACAGCGUGCAAUAUUCUGGGUGCGAUGGUGUUCCACUUGGCUACUUCCCACCUGGUCAAGUAAUGGCGGUGACGAAUUUACUGGACUCUAACCUUCCAGAAUCGAUCCUAUCUGACGAAAAGAGCCAAGAGAUAUUCGAUUUGAUCAAGGAACGGUUCGAUGAGAACAGCCAUGCUCCCGUCGAUCGGCAAGGAGAGAAUCUCCUCGAGGGAGACCGAAGUGAUGACGAGCAUAUGCUGAGUCGCAAGAUGAUGCAGAUAUACAUAGGGUCUUACUGGCUCCACUUUAGCGAUCAGGUUCCCAUCCUCCACAAACCGACGUUUUCGCCAGAUAGAACAGAAAAUCUUCUUCUAAUAGCCGUCAUGGCCAUAGGCGCUGCCUGUCUGGAUCGCAGCCACGGAGUCAAAGCCUUGCAAGCGGGAGCAAACCUCUCCAACUUUUUAGCUUGGAAUCUGAGAUGGGAAAUGUUCAAAGACACAAGCUGCAGGCCGCCCGCGAAAUUAUGGGCAUUUCAGACCAUGAUAUUACUCGAGUUAUACGAAAAGAUGUACUCUACUCGUGAACUUCACGAACGAGCUCAUAUAUUUCAUGCUACAACCAUUACCCUGAUGCGACGAGGUCGGUCCCUGAUAGGAAAGUCGGCACUAGACUCUCCACCGAGCGCACGAGAUGAUAGAUCAACCAGCGCUGGGUCUCGACAGUCCUCCACAUCUGGCCCAGCACAUACACCAGAUGAGUGGUGGAAUACCUGGAUUACAAACGAGAGCACGCGACGUGCAGCCUUUACAGCCUUCUUGAUCGAUUCGAUCCACGCGACCAUGUUUGGGCACUCGACGGUGAUGGUAGCACACGAGAUGCGUCUUCCCCUACCGUGCGACGAUCAACUUUGGAAAGCCACCACCGGUGCUGAGGUAGGUCGAAUCGAGUCGAAUCAUAUGUCGAACGGCAUCAAGCCAAUGCCGUUUUUAGAGGGAUUGAAGCGGACCCUGGCUGGACAGGAAGUACACACCAACCCGUUUGGACGGCAAAUUCUCAUGGCCGGUCUACUAAGCGUGAGUUGGCAUAUGAAUCAGCGCGAUCUUCAAGUCAGCUCUCUAGGUCCCAACAUGUCGCAGGCGCUCGGUGGUCGGGACAAAUGGCGGGGCACUUUAAUGAGGGCUUUCGACUCAUGGAGAAACGAGUUUGACAAGGCCCUCCAGCAUUCGAACCUAGCAUUCGACCCUUAUAGCUCCGACAGAAGAAAUGAUGCCAAUGUGGUGUUCGAGAGCAGGACGGUGCUGCACCACCUAGCCCACAUGGCGAUGCACGUGGACAUCGUAGACUGCCAGAUCUUUGCUCGCGCGAAACGCCUCAUAGGGCGGGCGAUCGGCUCGCAAGAUCUGAGUAGUGCGCAAAGGAGGAUGAAGGACCACUGGGCACCGUCAGCGCGAGCUCGCGAUGCCACAUUCUACGCCAUCAAAUUUCUGUGCUCGGUGCUCCUUGACGGCACGCAGUAUUGCGCCCGAGAUGAUGUCCUUCUGAACAGGCCAUGGGUUCUUUACUUCGCGGCCUUGGUCGUCUGGUGUUAUGGGUUCGCCAUAGCUGGGCCCUGCCCCGGGUAUGUGGUACCGAGCAACCGCGAAGAGAAGCACGCGCAAAUGCGUGAUUAUUUACAGAGGCUCGGUUCGAUACAAACUCCCGACGAUCUCAAGGUCAUGAAAGAUGUCAACAAAAGCAGUGCCCUCUUGGCUGUGUUGAAGGAUACGUUUGGCUUGACUCGCUGGGAACUCCUCCACGAAGGAGCCACGCUGUUGGACAAUUGCAUUCAACUGAACAGCGGCAGUAUGAUAUAG